AUGUAGAAAAAUAUUAAGGGAACGGCAGAGGGAAACACCUCGAAAUCCUAACUUGACGAGGAUGAUUAGAUCCUCGCUAAAAUGGGCUACAAGCAGGAACUUUACAGAGGAUUUAACGCAUUUAUGUCAUUUUCAUUCUGCUUCACGGCAGUAGCUGUUAUCUCAGGAUGCUCCAUCCUAUUUCCAUAUGGAUUGAAAUCAGGAGGUCCAGUCAUUAUGAUCUGGGGCUGGAUCAUCGGAUCUGUGUUCACAAUCAUUUGCGGACUGUCAAUGGCUGAGAUUUGCUCUUCUUACCCUUCAGCUGGAAGUGUUUACCAUUGGGCAGGAAUGAUGGCACCCCCAAAGUGGGCUCCAUUUGCUUCCUAUAUAUGUGGAUGGUUCAAUUUUCUUGGUAAUGCAGCAAGUGAUGCCAGCUUUGCAUUUGGAUUCGCACAAGUAGUAUCUGCCGCUAUUCACUUAGGUACAAGGGGAGAUAUUGAAGUACCAGUCAUUGGCUAAGUUGGGUUGGCUGUAGCUGUUUCUUUCCUCUGGGCUCUCAAGAAUAUUAUGAGAGUUGACCAUUAAGGCUGGUUUAACAAUGCCUCUGCUAUUUACUAACUUACAAGCACAUUUGUUGUGGUGAUUGUCUUACUUAUUGUCUCACCAAGAUUAUCUUCAUCUGAUUUUGUAUGGACAUAGUACAAUAAUGGCUCUAACUUGCCUAAUGUACCAUAUUCCUGCUGUAUAGGAUUGCUCAUGUGUCUCUUCAGUUUCUCUGGAUAUGAAGGAGGAGCUCACAUGGCUGAGGAAACCAAGAAUGCUUCUUCUUCUGCACCUUGGGGAAUAGUUUAUACUUGUCUUGCCUCAGCUUUUACUGGCAUUAUUUAUAUUACAGGACUUCUUUAUUCUUGCCAAAAUUAUAUCUAGGAAAUUUUAGACGGGAAUAGUGAUUAAGCUGUAGUCAAUAUAUAUGCUUUAGCUUUUACAGAUAGCAAUGGUCAUGUCAAGCUAGCUGGCUCAUUGAUACUUACAGUAAUGUUAAUCAUUAAUUUAUUCUUUGCUGGGUUCAGUAGUAUGACUGUGACAUCAAGAAUUGGAUUUGCAAUGGCUAGAGAUGGGGGUCUCCCACUUUCAAGUUAUCUUUAUAAACUCAAUCCAAGGACUCUAACUCCAGAUAGAAUCAUUUUCCUAGUAUUUUUAAUGGAUGUCGCCUUGUGUUUAUUACCAUUAAUAAGUUAAACUGCUUUUGCUGCUAUUACUAGUAUCACUACUAUUGGAUAUCAAAUAUCCUAUGCAAUUCCAAUUGUUCUCAGAUUGACUGUAUGUAGAAAUACAUUUCAAAAAAGUGCUUUCCACUUAGGAAAUUUUUCUGAAGUUAUUGGCUGGAUUUCAGUGGUAUGGCUGUGUGUCACUUCAGUAUUCUUUUUACUCCCUUCUGAGUUUGAUGAAAAUGGAGGUUAGAAUGCCAAAAUCUUCAAUUAUACAUGUGUUGUUGUAGGAGGAACUCUCCUCCUAGCAAUGAUCUACUGGUUCUUGCCAGCACCUCAUGGUGCUAGACACUUCUUUGUGGGUCCAAAGAGAGAUGAUGUUCACAGAUCUAAAGUAGAUUCUGAAAAUUAGCAAGCUUUACUUUAAAUUGAAAUUUAGUAGAUUAAAAUAGAUUCUGUGAAAGAGUAAGAAAUUGCUGAAGAAGACAAUUCAAGAAAUUGGAAAAAUUCAUCUAUAAAUUCUGAUGAAUUUAAACAACUAAAGAAAUAAUGA